UUAAUUGGGUGUAAUUAAUGUUGUGUGCACUCUCAAUUUUGUUGAUGGAUUAGUGUGAUCUAGAUCUUAAUUAUGGUGGCAGUAAGUUUUUUACUGUGCAUUUUUUUUUCUUUUUUAAACAAGUGCUUGAUGCAAUGUUUGUAAUAUGUCCAGAUUUUAUGCAUCUUGUUGAAUGCUUUUUUUAGUUUUUGAUGGUCUGACUAAUUAAAUGAUUCUCUCUGCUAAAAUCCCUUUUAGAGUUUUUGGGAGAAACUUUUGUUUGCUGAGUCUUCUUUUGGGGUCCAAAAUCUAAGAAAUAAAUUAUGCAUUGAAGAACUCUAAGGCUAAUUUGUAGAAUUGAUCAAGUUUUUGCUCUGUGAUUUAUAAUUUCAAUGAUUAAGUGUAAGCAUUAGAGAAAUGUAAGUUCUUUUGCAUGUGGCUAAGAUCAAAUGCAAUGUUAAUCAUGAAGCUUUAAUUAGUAAUUAAGCAGAGCUGUAGAAUUUUAUAAGAGUUUCAUAUGUGGGUUGGGGAAGUUUCAAUCUUUAGUAUUGAUCUUUGGAUGAGAUCCACUUUAAUUGCAGAAUUACAUUUGGAUGUAUUGUUCAGUACUAUGCACCAUGUUCUUGUGUCUAAAGAUGGCAAUGAGAUUGUUUCCUUUCUAUAUUAUCUUUUCAUUGUAUGGCUUUUAAACUUGCUUGAUUAUAAGCUCGUUUUGGACAUCUUUAACCAUGGAACAUCGGUGGACACCUCGGACAUAUUACAAGAUGAGAUAUUCCCUUUCACAUACUUCUUGAACAUCCAGUCAUAAUAGGUAGCAGCACUCGUGCCAUAAACCAUCACGAAAGGCACCAUAAUAACCACAUAGGGGAAAUGCGACCCCUUGAGCCGAAGCCCCAAACAACUCAAUAGAGUAUUCACCAAAUCUGGCUCGGACAAAGUUAUCUUCUCAACAUUGCACUAGCUGUAUUAUUAGAGGUCUCCAUCCAAAAAUCUAACAUAAUUUGUAGUUUUUGUAAAAAUCCUAUUCGUAACAUGUUAGUCAAUUCACACUUCCCUAAUCCUAGUUGAUUCUUAUAUCUCAAUCAAUGUAUUUCAUGCUAAAUGUCCAAACAUUCUCCAUCGGUGUUCCUUUUUUUUGUAAAGUUUGGAGAUCAUUACAUGGCUGGUACUUUUGUGCUGAUUUUAACAAAUAAGUCGUUUUUUUAUCUCCUUACUUGUAACAAGCAAGAUUAUAAAUGAAAAAGGAGUAAUGUCAUGAUUAUAUCUAUUUGAAGACGUAAUAUAAAACGUUGAGUUGAGCUAUCUUUAUCCUGUCAGUUUUUUAGUCAAUUCGUUGCUUUCUGGAAGAGAAAAAGUUUGCACUCUCCUUUUAAAAAUUUUUGGGGGAAAAUGAAUAUGGAAAGUGUUUGACAAAGAAAAAGUAGAAGUGGAAGGUAAAAUAAAGAAAAAAUUAGAAACUAGAGUAGAAGAGAAAGAAACAAAAUUAAGAUAAUUAGUUACUGCUCUAAUGUGGAAAGUGUUUUCUUAACGUGACAAGCCAGUGUGCAGCUCUGAUAUAAGCAGUUUAACUAAUCAUCUUUUGAGAGAAGAGCUUCAUCAUUCAGGAAAGUAGAUGUGCUUUAGAAAAAGAAAAAAAAAUUCAUAUCAGUUACUGCUCUAAGCCUCUAACCAGUACUUGCUAGUUACAAUCUUCCGAAAAUGGAAGGAGAGGUAAUAUUAUUUUCUUUCCUUUUAGAGCAUUAAAGGAGUCAAGAAUAACAAUGAAAUUGCUAUAUAUGAUACCUCAUUUAUCUUCAUAGGAUGUUGAAGCAUAUCAUUUAGCAUACAAUACUUUGAGAGGAAUAAUAAUUGUAUCUAAUGCUGAGUACUGAACCGCAAAAAGCAGUACCUUGUAGAUUAUCAACUCAUUAAAUGUAUGAAUAAUUUUUACCUUAUUUGCUUUUACCAUGACUUUGAAGAUUAGUACAGAGGAUCUUUGGCACUAACAUAUUUACUAGUUAAUAAGUUAUUAUGGAAAUCAUAUAUCAUGAUAUACUAUUUUUAUCUCUUAGGAAGUCAAAGAUAUAAUUCCAUAUACUCCUAUAGUCCUAUAUUAUGAAGAAAAAAAAGAGUGGACAUGUUAAAUUUGAAAGUUUUGAAGUGUCUGGCAUCCUGGGUGUGCUUAUAAAGGUGGAGGAGGAGAUGUGUAAUUCACCGACCUACUAUGAUCAACGAGUUACACGGUAAUACCUAUAAGACAUGAAGAAGAAGAAAAAAUAGGACUUGGUUGAUUGGAAGUUCUAUUUCUACAAGAGUUUGUAUGUGGAGAAAAAUUCUAGGAAGACCUCUCUAAGAAAAUAUGAGAAUGAUUUGAUAUAAUUCUCUGCAUGUUAUACAUCCCUUUUAAUAGUAUAGGGAAAUACGGAGGAGAAAUGCCUGAAACAACACUUUGUUUCGCCCCAAAGGACAUCAGAAAAAACGCGAAAAAAUCGUGUUUUUUGGCAUAGGUGCAGGAGCACCGUUAUAAGUGGUGCCGGAGCACCAAAGCAUGUACAGAUGCCAGACACACCGUCACAGGUGGUGCUGGAGAACUGAAGUUUCUGCCAACCUUUGGAUUCUAUAGAAAACUAGGUGCAAAUCGGGACACAUUCCUUUACAUUUGAUCAUGUCUAUGGGAGUUCUGCUUCUCCAUCUUCUUCUAUGUUUGAAGAAUGUGUUGCUUCACUUGUUGAUGGUUUAUUCCAGGGGUACAAUGCAACGGUCCUUGCUUAUGGUCAGACAGGGUCAGGGAAAACCUACACUAUGGGUACAGCAUUCAAAGAAGGUGGACAUACAGGAAUAAUUCCUCAAGUUAUGAAUGCGUUAUUCAGUAAAAUUGGAAAAUUGAAGAAUGAAACUGAAUUCCAAUUGCAUGUUUCAUUUAUCGAGAUUCUUAAAGAAGAAGUGCGAGAUUUACUGGAUUCUUCACUAUCGACGAAAUCAGAAACUGCUAAUACAGGAAAAGUAAAUGUACCUGGAAAACCACCAAUCCAGAUACGUGAAUCGUCUAAUGGUGUUAUUACUCUAGCGGGAUCUACUGAAGUAGAGGUCAGAUCUUUGAAAGAGAUGGCAUCGUGUCUUGAACAAGGAUCUCUUUGCCGCGCUACUGGGAGUACGAACAUGAACAACCAAUCCAGCCGUUCACAUGCAAUCUUCACCAUAACGCUAGAGCAGAUGCGCAAGCCUAGUCAUGGUAAUCCUGAAGAUGGCAAUGUCAAUGAAAGCAUGAACGAAGAAUACCUGUCAGCUAAAUUACAUUUAGUAGAUCUGGCUGGGUCUGAGCGUGCAAAAAGAACAGGUUCUGAUGGCAUGCGUUUUAAAGAAGGAGUUCAUAUAAACAAGGGUCUUCUUGCCCUGGGUAAUGUCAUCAGCGCUCUUGGUGAUGAGAAAAAGAGGAAAGAAGGUUUACAUGUUCCCUACCGAGACAGUAAAUUGACUCGAUUAUUGCAGGAUUCACUUGGUGGCAACAGCAGGACUGUUAUGAUUGCUUGCAUCAGUCCGGCUGAUAUUAACGCUGAAGAGACACUCAACACACUUAAGUAUGCAAAUCGUGCACGGAAUAUUCAGAAUAAGCCAGUGAUCAAUAGAGAUCCAAUAUCCAAUGAGAUGAUUAAGAUGCGGCAGCAGCUUGAGUAUUUACAAGCAGAACUUUGUGCAAGAGGUGGAGGGGCAUCUUCGAAUGAAGUACAGGCCUUAAAGGAGAGGAUUUCUUGGCUUGAAUCAACUAAUGAGGAUCUUCGUCGGGAGCUUAGUAAGUACCGCAGUGGAUAUAAUGCUAGUGAUGAGGGUGAUACAUUGGGUCAGGACCAGGGUGGAGAAAUUUGCUCAGUGAAAAAUGAGGGGCAUAAGAGGCGCCAAAGUAUGGAUUCAUCUGAUUAUACAAUGGGUGAAAUCGCUAUGGGUGAUUCCAAAGAUAUAGAUGAGGAAGCUGCAAAGGAAUGGGAGCACAAGGUUCUUCAGAACACUAUGGACAAAGAAUUAAUCGAGUUGAAUAAACGUCUGCAGCAGAAAGAGUCUGAGAUGAAGCUUUUUGGAGAAGCAGAUACUGAGACUCUUAAACAACAUUUUGGGAAGAAACUAAUGGAACUUGAGGAUGAGAAAAAAGCUGUCCAGCUAGAACGAGACCGGCUUUCAGCUGAGAUAGAAAAUCUUGCUGCCUCUUCUGAUGGUCAAACGCAAAAACUGCAGGAUGUUCAUUCUCAGAAAUUGAAGGCACUUGAGGCACAGAUUCUCGAUCUAAAAAAGAAACAAGAAAACCAAGUUCAGCUGUUGAAACAAAAACAAAAAAGUGAAGAAGCAGCAAAACGCUUGCAAGAGGAGAUACAAUUCAUAAAAGCUCAGAAGGUUCAAUUGCAACAUAAAAUCAAGCAAGAGGCAGAACAAUUUCGACAAUGGAGAGCUUCUCGAGAAAAGGAACUUCUACAGUUACGUAAGGAGGGUAGGAGGAACGAAUAUGAGAGACAUAAGCUUCAAGCUCUAAAUCAACGUCAGAAACUGGUUCUGCAAAGAAAAACAGAAGAAGCUGCAAUGGCCACCAAAAGAUUAAAGGAAUUGCUUGAAGCUCGUAAAUCUUCAGCACGUGAUAAUUCAGUUGUCGCUAAUGGCAAUGGAACAAAUGGGCAGACCAACGAGAAAACAUUGCAGCGCUGGCUUGAUCACGAGCUAGAAGUCAUGGUAAACGUCCAUGAAGUGCGUUUUGAAUAUGAGAAACAAACUCAAGUACGUACUGCACUUGCAGAGGAGUUGUCUGUGUUGAAACAACUGGAAGAGCUUGCUUCAAAGGGCUUAAGCACCCCUAAAGGAAAGAAUGGGUUCUCAAGAUUAUCUUCCCUUUCGCCGCAUGCAAGGAUGGCUAGAAUCACAUCUCUGGAAAAUAUGCUGAGCAUAUCAUCCAAUUCCUUGGUGGCAAUGGCUUCACAACUUUCGGAAGCAGAAGAGAGGGAACGUGCUUUUAGUAAUCGUGGUCGCUGGAACCAGUUGCGAUCAAUGGGAGAUGCCAAGAGUUUGCUGCAAUAUAUGUUCAAUUCUCUUGCAGAUACGAGAUGUCAGUUAUAUGACAAGGAAACUGAAAUGAAGGAAAUGAAGGAGCAUCUAAAAGAACUAGUAGGUCUCUUGAGGCAGAGUGAAACACGAAGAAAGGAGGUGGAAAAGGACCUCAAAUUGAGAGAGCAAGCAGUUGCUGUUGCUCUUGCCACAUCUGCAUCGAAUAAUUCACAAGGAUCAGUAAAACACUCAGUUGACGACACUCACAACAUGAGUGGCCCAUUUUCUCCAGUAUCAAAACCUGCUCAGAAACAGUUGAAGUAUACCCCGGGUAUCGCUAAUGGUCAAGUCAAAGAAUCGGCAGCAUAUAUUGAUCCGAAAAAGAUGGUACCAAUUGGACAGUCAUCAAUUAAGAAAUUAGCAGUUGCAGGACAAGCUGGUAAGCUAUGGAGAUGGAAGAGGAGUCAUCACCAGUGGAUAUUACAGUUCAAAUGGAAAUGGCAAAAACCAUGGAGAUUGUCAGAAUGGAUUAAGCACUGUGAUGAGACAAUUGUGAAGGCAAAGCCUCGGCAGCAGGCAUUGAUAGAUAUGAUGUAAUACUUUGUCUUGGUGCUUUGUGUGGUUUGACCUCCACGUACAUCCACACAUACGUCAGAGUUAGACUAGCAAUACCUAUAUAGGUUAGAAGAAUGCAGUUGUAUACAGUGGCCCAUUAUGUAUGUCUUGAAGAACUUGGUUUUUAUAAUGAAUUGGACGCAUUGGUGUUUAAUUCUUUAGAGGUGAUUUGUUGGGCAGAAGGGUGCAUCUUGUAAAGCAGUGAUGAUGCUACCAGUUUUAUGCCAAAGCAGUCAGCGGAAAACACAAGCUGGUUAACUCCGGCAUUGACAUGUCUGGUACUUAGUUGUCUCGUUCCAUCUGACGGCUUCUAACGCUCGUUUUAUAAGAUUUUAUUUUGUGAAUAAGGAUUUCUUUGAUAUGACAUAUGUAAUGAAAAUGUAAAUGAAGGGUGGUUUUUAUUUCCCUUUAUGGUUGUGUUUUUGGUCUGUAGGCAGUCUCAUAUAGUCUGCAGUGUGUAAACACAGGAUUAAUUUUGUUAAUAUAUUAUAAAAGAAGAAGUAGGAAAUUGUAUUAGCUAAACUUAUUGAAUUGUACUAGGCUUUCAUGCUUGAUGUAUGUAGCACAUUGAUUGAAUUACACACUAUAAGAAGUGAUUGAAUUACAGUAAAGGUUUCCAAAUUUGUUGUGA